AUCCAGCCCACCUCCUUCUUCAUGACGAGCGAGGACCGCGCGACGCGCACCUCUCGCCGCGACAGCGCGCGCGAGGCCGCCUCGGACGCGCGGACGCGCGCCUCGGAGCUUCGCAUCGAGGGCCUCGACGCGGACGCGGACGUGCUCGACAAGCUCGUUGGCGUGCUGGACGAGGUCGCCGCAGGCAAGCUGCGCGGCGCCACGACCGGCAAGCUGGUAGACAACGCCAAGAAGGAGAUUGCUCGUCUCGGCGUCAAGAAUCCGACGAGCAAGACGCGGGAGCUCUUCCCCUCGGCGCCGUCGUCGUUCGAGGGCUCCUUUGAUCAGGGCCACGAGGAGGGGGAGAGCGAGGAGACCCUCCCCGCCUACGUGACCUCGGAGUACGUCGCCUCGCCGCGGCAGCACCAGAACGGCGCUGUGACGGUGAAGCGCGGCCAGCUCGUCGACGUGAUCAUGAACGUCGACCCUCCCCCCCCAAACGGCUGGAUGUCGGUCAUCGUGCGGCCCGAGAGCGGCGUUGCCGGCGAGGGAGCGAACGUCAUCGUCACCAUCGUGCCCGACGGGCCGGCGGCGGAGGAUGGGCUCGUGCGGCGCGGGGAGCGGGUCGUCGCGGCGGCGGACGAUGUGGUCGAGCCGGCGGUGGCCGCCGUCGCGGUCGCCGUCGACCCGGGCCUCAGCAAGCGCGACUCGGACGCGGAGCGAGAAGUCAACAUUACCCGCACAAUCACGCGGGUGCGCUCUUCGACCAUUGCGUCGGAGGCCUCGCCGCCGCCGCCGGGCAGGCCGCCGCCCAAGCUCGACCUGAGCGGACUCCGCCCCGAAGGGUCCCCGAUCCCGACCCGAGUCAAGAGCCCCCUCCGCGACGCGCCGCCGAGGCGGCAGUCGGACAUGUUGUCGCCCUCCCCGCGCGGAGGGGGGAGCCAGCGCCGCUCAGACAUGCGGCGGUCGGACCAGCGGCGGUCGGACCAGCGGCGGUCGGACUUGCGCGGCUCCGCGGUGGCGGAGAACCACUCGGAGCGGUACUCGGCGGAGAACCAAUCGGCCGGGGGCAGGGGGGUGCAGUACUCCGACUCGGACAGCGAGGGAGAGCACUCGGAGCGCUUCUCGGCGGAGAGCUACUUUGCGGGCGAGCGGAGCCCUCGCGAGAGCUCGCGGCUCUCGGCGCGCGGAGGCAGCCGUCGCCAGUCCGCAGAGGUCAUCUCCUCCGGCGGAUCGACUCCUCGGUCGGCGCGCGGCGAGGCACCCGCGAGCUUCGAGCUGCAGAUUGGGGGCGGCGGCGCGCCUCCGCCCGCGAGGCACCCAGUCAACCCGUACCUCCACCCGGCGCUCUUCGACGCCUCGGGCACGCCCAAGCCGCUGCCGCUCAACGGCCCCCCCUCCCAGUUCGACCCGAUGACGGAGUCGCCCCUCGCGACCACGUCGUCGGGCACCUCGCCGCGCCAGGACAGGCCAAACCACCGGGCCAGCCGGGCCAGCGCCGCCGAGGGCUCCCCCCGCGCGCGCGCGCGCGUCGAGACCAAGCUGCGCCGGCACAUCGGGACGGGCGCCAACGGGUCGGUGUACGUGGGCGAGUGCGGCGGCGAGGAGGUGCUCUCGCUCGAGCCCGCGACCUGCGAGGACAUCAAGAACGAGAUCCGCAUCCUGCGCAACUGCGACUGCGAGCACAUCGACGCCUUUGUGCGCGAGUACCAGAUGCGAUCGACGCUGUGGGUGGUGAUGGAGUUCUGCGAGGCAGGCUCGACCCUCGACGUGAUGCGCAAGGUGGGGCGAGGCUUCGACGAGCCGUGCGUCGCCGGCAUCUGCCGCGGCGUCCUGCGCGCGCUCGAGUACAUGCACGUCGAGCGCAAGGUGAUCCACCGCGACAUCAAGGCGGCCAACGUGCUGCUUGACGCGCGCGGCGGCGUCAAGCUCGCCGACUUGGGCGUGGUGGCGCAGCUGCAGCACACCAUGUCCAAGCGCGGCACGAUGAUCGGCACGCCGCACUGGAUGGCGCCGGAGAGCCUCGGCCUCAACCCCUCCGGGGGGGGUUACAACCCCAAGGGGGGGGGGCGCCCCCCAUGCCAGUUCCCCCCGCCCCCCGCCGGGGCUUUUGUUGCCUUUUCCCGGGGGGCCUGCCCGGUUGACGUGUGGGGCCUCGGCAUCACCGCCAUCGAGCUCGUCGAGAUGAAGCCGCCCUUCAACUCCGCCUCCUCCGUCUACGAGGCGAUGAUGCACAUCUGCCAAGGCCCCGCCGCGACGCUCAAGCCAGAGACGGACGCCUCGCCGCUGCUGCGCGAGUUCAUCUCCGCGUCGCUGGUCAAGGACCCCAACGAGCGGCCCGCCGCCGGCGACCUGCUGCAGCACCCCUUCCUCAAGAAGGCCUCGGCCGAGGCCCUCGCGAGCAUCGUCGCGAGGCUACUCGACGGCGAGUUUGACGCGCCGCCGGCGCCGCCAAAGGCCGUCGAGUCGUUGCGCGACAGCUUUGACGCAUCCUCGAGGCGAUCCUCGUUGCGCGACAGCUUUAGGGACAGCCUUGCUAGCUUUCAGUCGGAAGUGUGAGAGUGUCGCGGGUUGUUGCUUCGGAGAGGCGCGGCAGUCGCGCACACGGUACCAGACAGAGCUCUGCCCCUCUAGCCGUAUCGAUACGUCUGAUCGAAGGAUUUUGGUGUUGUCGCACCCAGUCCCACACAGCUAAAAAAUAA